UCACAAGAUUAAAACAAACAUAAAAAAUUAUGACGUAAAAAUGAAGAAAGUUGGUCUUCUCACAAAUUGAAAGACGCAAGAAGUCUAACACACCAACAACACAUAAAUACAGAACGACACUUMAAUCUUACAAAUCCUUGUCAUAGCAGAUGAAUUACAACCAAUCACAAACGGUCGCUACCCAACCAACGGAACAAGACAUCUUGUGUGGGCGCGGAAGAUCCUACAUCAAGCAUCCCGGCAACGUGAAAUUCUCGAUCCUUGUCCGGUCAAACGUYCAGCGGUACACGGAGGCAUCCAGCCGCAUGAAGAAAGGAAUCGUGGUGGCAUCGCUGGUCGAUCAGCUCCUCGACGGGGGAUCCCGAUUCCUCACAAAAACAAACGCCGACCAGUGGACGGAGAUGACCGCGGACCAGAUACACCAGAAGGUGGGGCACGCAAUCCGUGCACAAAUCAAACAAUGGAAAAAGACCAGACACAGCAAAARAAAGCCAGAUAAAGAUUCURUUGUYCAGAGCGUCCGACAACAAGAUGAGCGAUCGGACGUUGGGCUCGAUUCGAACCCAACCACCGCUUUGCAUCCCCUCACUGAUCACGUCCCCACCAAUGACAGGCGGAACAUGGAGACGAACAAUCCGAUGAAUGUUUCCUAUCGAAGUUUCGAAGCAAACGAGGGGCGACGCAUUUCGGAAACAUCGACGACAUCAAUCGUAGCCCUACWUGGUGAUCACGCCGCUCCGUUCGUCCCGGUUGCACACCACGGCAGCCCCGCGUCCUUCCCCGCGAGGCGCCUCUCUUGUUACUACAAGAACCGCCCCAGCUUCCGCGCUUGCACGGAUUUCGAUCGGAUCGAAAACCGCCACGAUCUGACGAACGAAGAAGAAAUCAGCAUGGCGAGUUUCCGAUUCUAAGACCCACCGUGCCCGAGAACGGUUGMGACAAUUUUCCUAAUUUUUGAUACUAAUUUUUGACACAUAAUUUUGAUAACAAUAAUAUUACAGAUUUCUG